GACUCUCUGUCUAGGCUGUUUGCCCGCUGCGGGCAUGUCCAGUCUGUGGACGUCUGUGAGAAGCCAGGGCCAGGAGAGAAAAAAGAAAAACUCACGUCCAAAUUCUUCAACUGCAAAACUGUAACGGGAUUUCAAGUAGCAUACGUGGUGUUCAGGAAACCAGCUGGUGUCCAGGCAGCCAAGGCCCUGUCACAGGAAGGUCCUUUGCUGAUAUCAACAGAGAGUUACCCUGUGAAAACUGGUAUUAGCAAGUGGAUUGCCAGCUAUGCGGCUUCAGUCGUGGAUCACGAGGAGCUGAAGGCUGAGGUGGAUGCCUACAUGCAAGACUAUGACAAAAAGAUAGCAGAGGAAGAAGCCAAAGCAGCCAAGGAGGAGGGCGUUCCGGAUGAGGAGGGCUGGGUGAAGGUAACGCGGAAGGGACGGAAGCCUGGCCUGCCCCGGACGGAGGCUGCCAACCUGCGGGUGCUGGAGAGGGAGAAGCAGAAAAGGGCCCGCAAAGAGCUGCUGAACUUCUAUGCCUGGCAGCAUCGUGAGACCAAGAGAGAGCACAUUGCCCAGUUGAGGAAGAAAUUUGAGGAGGACAAGCAGAGAAUUGCGCUGAUGCGAGCCCAGCGCAAGUUUCGGCCUUACUAAGCUGUGCCAAGCUAUUUCCUCAGAUACCUGUGCUGGAGAGGGCGGGAGAGAUGCCUAUGGAUUUCAUGUGCCAAAGGAUUUCAGGGAAUUGAGGCAGCUUCAGGUUGUCCCUGCUCUUGGAUCUGAAGUGGGAGAUCCCAGCAACUGCCGCUGGAGGGGGAGUUUCCUUCACUCGCACCAGUAUCUUCCUCGUCUCCCGCCCAUCGUUCAGCUCUGCGGCACCACUUC